GGUGGGGCGGGGGCGGGACCCACAGGCCACGCCCACCAGGCAGUCUUUAAAAGGUGCGGGCUCUUUCUCCUCGGCUAUUCCCGACUGCCGGCGCGCUGCGCUCCUUCUGGGUCUGCGGUUUCCGCUGGCGGUGCGUGGUCGGCCUCCGACUCAAGAUGCCCGUCUGGGGAGGUGGCAACAAGUGCGGGGCCUGUGGGAGGACCGUGUACCACGCGGAAGAGGUGCAGUGCGACGGGAGAAGCUUCCACCGCUGCUGCUUUCUGUGCAUGGUUUGCAGGAAAAAUUUAGAUAGCACAACAGUGGCAAUUCACGAUGAGGAGAUCUACUGCAAAUCCUGCUACGGAAAGAAAUAUGGGCCCAAAGGCUAUGGUUAUGGCCAGGGCGCUGGCACGCUCAACAUGGACCGUGGUGAGAGGCUGGGCAUCAAGCCAGAGAGUGCUCAACCUCACAGGCCUACAACAAAUCCAAACACUUCUAAAUUUGCUCAGAAAUACGGAGGUGCUGAGAAGUGUUCCAGAUGUGGGGAUUCCGUGUAUGCUGCUGAGAAGAUCAUUGGAGCUGGAAAGCCCUGGCACAAAAACUGUUUCCGGUGUGCCAAGUGUGGCAAGAGUCUUGAAUCCACAACUCUGACUGAGAAAGAAGGUGAAAUCUAUUGUAAAGGAUGCUAUGCAAAGAACUUCGGGCCCAAGGGAUUUGGAUAUGGCCAAGGAGCAGGAGCCCUUGUUCAUGCUCAGUGAAGGUGUAAACCCGGAACCGAGAUCACACACUGAGAAUUCCGACAUCAUUUAUGCCCAGAUCAUCUAACACUAAACUACUGUGAAAUUCUGCCAGCGCCUAAGUACUGUCUGUUGUCCCGUACAUGGACAGGCUGGCUGACUAGUAGGAAGAGAGCACUGUAUCCUUCUGCUUUAUUCAUUAGCAUUGUCAAGAAUUGUUUCUUUUACAUUUUAAAUAAAACUUCAGCUUGA